GUACAUGUUAGCUAGCGUUAUUUUGACCCGAGACGGAGACGGAGACCGAGUCCACAGCUGAUAGCGCGUCGCGUACGUCGCAGUAGGUGAUAGUGCGUUAUAACGUUAUAUUGCGACAAACAUGAAUUUGACGCCCAGGAGAUCGUACAAGGAGAAACGUACAUUCGAACAGCGAUAUGUUAGUGCCGAGGAAAUCAGAAAGUUGCAUCCAAACAAAAUUCCCGUUAUUGUAGAGCGAUACAAACAAGAACAUCAGCUGCCACUUUUGGACAAGAGUAAAUUUCUGGUGCCAGAUUUCCUAACGGUAGCAGAAUUUUGCAAAAUAAUCAGACGUCGGCUGCAGCUACAUCCGACACAAGCCAUUUUCCUACUGGUGAAUCAGAAAAGUAUAGUAAGUGGUUCUCUGACCAUGGCUGAGCUCUACCAACAGGAGAAGGAUCCAGAUGGUUUCUUGUACUUUGUGUUUGCUAGUCAGGAUGUAUUUGGCAAUCAUUAACCGAAACAGAAAACUUUAAACCAAGUAAAAACGAAAUACCUCCUCGGCACUUAACGAUACACUUUGAUAGAUGUUUAUGUGGAAUUUUGUGGGGAUUUUAGAUCUGCUAGUAACUUUAUCUGCCUUUAAUUGAAAUGUGCAGAAUCUUUGUGAUCGACUUACCGUACCUGCUGGAAUGAUUAAUAGAACAAUCAUAUGAUUUAUUUCAUGGGAAUUUGUGUAUAAAAUCAUUACGGUGCUUUCUAUCCCUUCGACAUAUGGACAAAUUACAUCUAUAUAUAAGUUAGCAUAUGUAGCGUUUACUUAGUUUAUACUAUUAAUGACGAAUUUUACUACUAAUUUUAGCGAUGAUAAACUAUAAAUUAGUAAUAAGCCAAUAUAUUUAUCUAAAGAUGUGAGAGAUUCUUUUUUUAUUCAAGAUCAUUCAAAACUAUGGAAGAUUUUUAUCUCUUUCUAUGUCAAGUCUAUAUCUUUAGAACAUUUUUUAAAUUAAAAUGUUAUUUUAAUACGUUUCAGAUAUGACAUUUAUUCAAUCUGAUUAUUCUUUUACAAUUAACCUGUGUGGUAGGCCAGUCUUUUUUAGGCUGUCUACAAUGUAUGGAGUAAGCCUGGUGUAAGAAGUAGGAGUAGAAGUAAGUUUCAAGUCAUAAGAAAUUAGCGAAUCAUAGUCGAUUAUUCUCAUCAGAUUAUUCAACUGAUUAGUCGAAAUAAAUUAUUUUAAUUUCUGCUAUUCUUCUACGCCAAACUGACUUCACAUAUUGCAGACGCUCUAGUUUGUAAUUCAUGUAAAAUCUGCAUUAUUAUUAUUACUACUUUAGUUUUUAAGCAUAGGGUUUGUUACCGUUACACAAUUAAAAACAAACUGAAUUUAUGUUUGCCAGCUCAAAAGAAUUUUUGUUUUGAUAAACUCUAUUAAUAUUUUUUAUUGAUACAUUACAUUUUUAUGUGCUCUAUAGCAGUACUCCCAAAACCGUUUUAUAUUAUGGUAUUUUCGUAUAUAGAAAUAUCUUGCUAUCAUAAUAUCACAUUGUUAAGUAUUAUUUUUACCACACAAUGCUAAGACAUUGAUAAAAGUGUUCAUGUACAUAACAAUCCGCAACAUGUGAUGUACGAUAAUGUGCGUUAAAUUCUCUCGUAAAAUUACAUUAAGUUUUACACAAGAUAUAAAAUUGAUCUCUGUCGGGUUCAACGAUAUGACAACAAAGUUAGUUAAGUGUUAAGUACUAUACUACUUUAAUCAGCAAACUCUUCAGGGUCACGGUUUAAGAUAAUCUAACAAUCUGAUAAAAUGUUCUCUCUGUAGGAAACUUGUACAAUAAAUUUAAAAAAAAGAAAUAAAACAUAAAGGAUAAAAGUUUACUGUUAAGAGAUGAGCAAAAAAUCAGAAGAGCGCAGAAGUUUCUCAAACUUUUUAAAUAUUGAAUAAUACAUAGUUACACGUUUGUAUACUGAUAUAUAGUCUCUCUGAGCUUUUUUAAUUCUACUUUAUAACGAAUGCCAAUCCAUGCAAUUGCUCUAGACAUCUGUUUAAUACAAUAGCCACGUUUAUGUAAAUAUCUACUACUUUAACUUACACUAUAUCAGAUGCAAUUUUAAGCGUAUAUAGAUAUACAAUAUAUAAAGAUAUAUCUCUAAUAAUAGUUUGAUUUUUUUGUAACGCAUUGUAUCGAUACGAUAUGUUCUUGCAGCGCUUUUACGCAAGUUGAUAUUAUUUGACAAGUUUAUCGGUUCACAUAUUUUGCAACUUUGCGUAUGUAUGCAUGUAUGAAUGUAUCGCAACAUACAAUCAUCGUACAAUAGAAAUACUGGAUAUUUAUGCUGGAUAAUGAUUCGGAAGAUAUCCUGAUGGUUGUUUUAAUCGCACUUUCUUACGCCUUCCACGCUUAAAAUGAAAUAGGUAUAUAUCCGAGCUUUGGAGAGAGAAAAAGAGACAAGAGGCGAGGCGUAAGGGAAGUGUAAUUAAAACGAACGUACCUAUGAUUAAAUUAAGAAUGGUAGUGAUACUAGCAGUAGUCAACAUCACGUUUAGUGGUAAAGCUUUCGUGAUGAAUACGUGGAAAACUGUAUGUACCCCACAUUGUGCGAUGUGUUUGCAAUAAACUAAUUUUUUUCAUA